AUGAUUUUCAAGGAAUAUUAUUCAAUUUAUAGUCUUACUUAUUACAAAUUAGAACAGAUAAAGGCAAAGAAAUUUGGUACGAUGGGUAAUUCCAAUUCGAAAUCUUCUUCUGCUUCUGCUUCUACAAAAAAGAAGAAACAUGUAUCGUCUUCUGAAAAGGAGACUAGUAAUACUAAUCCCACAUCAAAUUCAAAUCAUUUAAAACCAAGAAUAUCAAGAACAAAUACAGCUUCAAAUCAAUCAAUUAGAUCAAAUAAAUCAAGCUCCAGACGGUCUGUAAGUAGCCUUUCAAAUUCAGGGAAUGCAAAUAAUUCUUCCCAUACUCCUGAUAAUUCAGCUCCUGCUGUUAACAAUGGCAGCACAUCUAAUAAUAAUAUUAAUAUUCAUCGUAGAUCACAUUCUCAACAUAUCCCAAGUCAUAGUAUUAGUAAUGAUGAUAAUAGUGACGACGCUGGUGGGACUCCAAAAGACAUUUCAACGGAUAGAACUAAACUAUCUAACAGACGUUCAAGCUUUAAUACUACAUUGGAUUUGCCACCUUCAAUGGUUCAAAUGGAGCCUAAGCCUCCUAUUUUAAAGAAUACACCGUACACCUCUUCAACAAAUUCAUUCCAGUAUUUUGAAAAUGCUUUAACGGACGAGGAAAGUGACUCUAACGCAGAUGUCAACCCUACAAAAUUAUCAAGACAAGAUUCCGCUAGACGAAGUCAUUCAUCAAUGAGACCUUCUUCAAUAAAGAGUGGUUCUUCCAAUAGGUUGCGCAGAAAAUCAUCAGAAACCAAUGUCAAUAUUCCAGAUGUCCUACUCAACUCUCGGUCAAAUUCUUUUACGUCGUCGUUGCAUAGCAGGAAAUCUUCCUCGUCUGCUCAAGCAACUGCUUAUUCCACUCCACUAAACUCACCGGGCCUCGUUAGACUUGAUAAUGAUCCAAAUGUUGAUUACUUUAGUAUGAAUAUGAGCAAUUAUGGAAGUAAUUUAUCCUUGUCAAAUGGUAGUAAUCCAACUACUGCUGCUACAUCAGUCGCCACUGCUGGUGUCGGUGACGCAGACUCGGAUAUACACUCCCUUACAAAAGAUCAAUAUCCAAUUCAGCUACCUAAUGAUUCAAUGGAUCAAAUUAUGGGAUUACAACAACUACAACAGCCUAAGAAAAAGAAAAACUUGAAACCGAUUAAUAUUGAUGAAACAAUACAAAAAUUAUUAGACGCUGGUUAUGCUGCAAGAAGAACUAAAAAUGUGUGUCUAAAAAAUUAUGAAAUAUCACAAAUAUGCCAUUUAGCUCGUGAGAUUUUCUUGUCACAACCUUCUUUACUUGAAUUAUCGCCGCCUGUGAAAAUUGUUGGUGAUGUUCAUGGGCAGUAUGGUGAUCUUUUACGUUUAUUUACAAAAUGCGGCUUCCCACCUUCGGCAAAUUAUCUGUUUCUGGGCGAUUACGUAGAUCGAGGUAAGCAAUCUUUAGAAACCAUACUGUUACUACUCUGUUACAAAAUUAAGUAUCCGGAAAACUUUUUCCUAUUAAGAGGUAAUCAUGAAUGUGCAAAUGUUACAAGAGUCUACGGGUUUUAUGAUGAAUGUAAGAGACGUUGCAAUAUCAAAACAUGGAAGCUUUUUAUUGAUACAUUCAAUACAUUACCUUUAGCUGCAAUAGUCGCAGGUAAAAUUUUCUGUGUGCAUGGUGGACUUUCGCCGGUUUUAAAUUCAAUGGAUGAGAUCAGACAUGUAAGCAGGCCGACUGACGUGCCAGAUUUUGGUCUCAUAAAUGAUCUACUUUGGUCUGAUCCGACAGACUCGCCGAAUGAAUGGGAAGAUAAUGAAAGAGGUGUUAGUUAUUGUUACAACAAAGUUGCAAUUAAUAAAUUUCUGAAUAAAUUUGGCUUUGAUUUAGUUUGCAGAGCACAUAUGGUUGUCGAAGAUGGUUACGAAUUUUUCAACGAUAGAAGUCUCGUCACAGUCUUUUCAGCACCGAACUACUGUGGUGAGUUUGAUAAUUGGGGUGCAGUAAUGAGUGUGAGUGAGGGGCUACUGUGUUCUUUUGAAUUAUUGGAUCCCUUAGAUAGCGCUGCUCUAAAACAGGUCAUGAAAAAGGGCAGACAGGAGAGAAAAAUAGCUAAUCAACAGCAACUACAAGAGUUUCAAUCACAAGAGUAA